ACUUUUUCAUUUCUUCCAUCUCCGUGUCUGCGUUUCGCGGUGAUUGUCCCAGCACUGCACUGAAAUUUGCCAAAUUGUUUAUUAUUUUCGGCGAACAAAUGCUUGCAACAUGGUAAAUGUUAUGAAAGGAGUGCUGGUGGAGUGUGAUCCUGCUAUGAAACAAUUCCUGCUGCACUUGGACGAAAAGCUGGCACUGGGUCGCAAAUUCAUUAUCCAGGAUCUGGACGAGAACCAUUUGUUUAUCUCCACGGACAUUGUGGAAGUGCUGCAGGCGCGAGUCGAUGACUUAAUGGAUCGGAUAAGCUUCCCGCUGCACGACAAGGACGCUUAAAACAAUCAACUCUCAAAAAAA